AUGCAUUCAACUAUCAUCGCCCUAGGCUUCUUGCCUCUGCUCACUCUUGCAGCACCGCAAGGCUCGGACAGUCAGGCGCCUGGUCCUGGUGUUCCGAACAAUGUCUUCGAGCUGUAUGCUUAUGGCGAAGGCUUUGGUGGAGUUUCGAUUUUCAACUGGAAUGGCCUUGCGUAUUUGGGCAAUGCUUCGCUAGCCAACGACACUGAGGCAGCUCAGGUCCUGUUCAUACGCAGCAGUGAAAGUACAACGACUAUGGUCGGAAAUCCUCUCGUCGCGCCAGGCGAGACGGCCCCGUCGUGGUCUAAUGUGACUUAUUUCCUUCCUAGCGAUACAACCACCACCCACCAGACUGGUUUUGCCGGGGCUACUACCAGUAGUGAUGAGGUGACUACUGGGUUCGUUUUCUACGGUAACACAGCCGCCUGGGAGGAUUCCACUGGUGCUCUACAAACGAAAUGGUAUGCGCUACCAGAUGCUGACACGAACCUCUGGACUCUCAACUGGGAUUCGAGCACAGAGUUUUCGAGUGACAAGGUCCAAGUCACUUUGCGGACAGUGAAGCCUACAGUGCCGCCGCACAACCCUCCAGGUCCAGGAAACCCGAACACCCUCUGA